AUGACUGUCGUUGUAGAAAUUAAUUUGGGUGCAUCAUAUUAUGUAAGUGUUGGCGCGUUUCAACAUGGUAAAGUUGAAAUCAUUGCAAAUGAUCAAGGUGAACGUAUAAAGACAAAAGAUAAUUAUUUACUAGGAAACUUUCCAUUGACUAAUAUUCCAUCUGCUUUGCGAGGUGUACCACCAAUUGACCUAAGGUUUGAUGUUGAUGCUAAUGGAAUAUUAAAUGUAUCUGCUCUGGAAAAAUCAAUUAUCGAAGAAAGAACUUGA